UGCCAAAAAAACAAAAACACUUGAGCGGAAAAGCGUCGGUCACAGCAACAAUCAAGCUAUCUUACCCAAUUAACAAUGAAAAGCGUCGGAGGGAGACUCCUCGAACACAUUAAGGGCAUGUGCUGAGAGGCGGGGUGCCAUGCAGAGGAGACAUAGCAGCAACACGGAUGGCAUGCCCUCAGAAAGGAGCCGUAGCCAAACCUUGGGAUCGGAGAGCAGCCUGGAUGAGGGCGGCGCCUUCGACUGCCUGAAGCCCGACUCGCCCACGUCCCCCCAGCAGAUCUUCUCCGGCUUGGUGGGGGUCCCCUGUGGCGGCGUCUCCUCUGCCCAGUUCCAGGCGGCGACUUUAGUCCUGGGCUCUCCCCCGGAGGUUUUCAUCCAGAUGACGGCGUCGUCACGGGAAGAAGGCGGCGGUGGCGGCGGCACCCGCCGCACCGAGGUGGCCCCGUUCCUCCCUCGCCCGCCCCACCACCACCACCACCAUUUCCACCACCCGCCCCUGCAGCACAGGACCCCCUCGCUGCUCCAGCAGGCCACCGCGGCGGCCGGCUCGGAGAGGCACGGCUCCAGGGAGGAGGGCGGCCAGGAGGACCCGUCCACGCCGGCGCCGGCCUUGUCGGAGCUGAAGGCGGUGGUCACCUGGCUGCAGAGGGGCUUCCCUUUCAUCCUAAUCCUCCUGGCCAAAGUCUGCUUUCAACAUAAGCUCGGUAUCGCCGUGUGCGUGGGGAUGGCCAGCACCUUCGCCUACGCCAACUCCACUUUCAAGCACCAAGUGUCACUAAGGGAGGAGCGCUCCAUGAUGGUUGCUGUGUGGAUCAUGUUGUUCCUCUGUGGCAACAUGGCCUACCUUUACUACGCCUUCAGCCAGGAGGAGCUCUACAAAAGCCUCUUCUUUUCAAAGCCCAACCUCAGCAACUUUGACUUCUUUGACCUGGUCUGGGCGGUGGGCAUCACCGACUUUGUCCUUAAGUUCGCCACCAUCGCCCUCAAAUGCUUUGUCCUUUUUCUGCCCAAGAUCCUCCUGGCCUUCAAAUCCAGGGGCAAGUUCUACCUGCUGAUGGAGGAGCUGAGUCAGCUGUUUCGUGCGCUGGUGCCAGUCCAGCUGUGGUACAAGUACAUCAUGGGAGAAGACCCCUCCAGCAGCUACUUCCUGGGGGCCACGCUCAUCAUCAUCUACAGCCUCUGCAAGUCUUUCGACAUCUGCGGCCGAGCGUCCGCCCUCCGCAAGGCCGUCUUGUUGCUGUGCCGCCCUCAGAGUUACGGCGUGCGUGCUGGCAGUCAGCAGUGCAGCGAGGCGGGCGACGUCUGCGCCAUUUGCCAGGCCCACUUCCGAGACCCCGUGGCCCUCCUGUGCCAGCACGUCUUCUGUGACGACUGCCUGUCUUCCUGGUUCGACCGCGAGAGGGCGUGUCCUCUGUGCCGCUCCGCCGUCCCGGAGACUCUGCGGUGCUGGAAGGACGGCGCCACCUCCGCCCACUUCCAGAUCUACUAGUUGCCGUGGCGACCCGCCACUCUGUGGAGCGUCCACAAAGUGCGACCAUAACCACACAACCAAAUGGUGCGGUUGGUAUUCUUCAUUAGGAGUGUCCCCAUCUGGUAGCCGUAUCGCUCCGAUAUCGGCAAAAAAACAAGCCGAUAAUCCAUCUUCUUCCCCUUAUCCCAAGUCGUGUCGCGGGGGCAGCAGCCUAAGCGUGUAAAUGUCCUCCAAUAACCACACGGUCCUAAUCGCUUACAAACCAUGCUAGGCUAUAGGCUACUAGGAACUAGCAGCUACACCACAGCUAAGCGCAGCGUAGCGCAGCGUAGCGCACAAGCUAGAGCUUGUUUUUUUAAAGACAAAUUAAAACAACACAAAUUGGAACAUGACACAAAAAAAUACAAUGUCGUCUUGUGCGAGCCGCUGAAAUGCGCACGGCGAAAUCAAAUGCUAACGUCGGCAUGCUAACCGGUAAAAUGUGUCAAGUACCAAGUCAUGUGACCGUGAAGCAUAUGCGUGCAAUAUUAGCCCAAAAAACGAUCACGCUUGUGCUAACAAGUUAACGUUAGCAUGCUAGCAGUUACCAAAUUGUAAGACUCUUAGUUGCAUAAUUGGUUACGAAUGUUAGCAUGCUAAUGUUGGCAUGCUAACUGGUAAAAUGUGUCAAGUACUAAGUCAUGUGACCGUGAAGCAUACGCGUGCAAUAUUAGCUAAAGAAAACUGAUCACGCUCGUGCUAACAUGUUAGCAUUAGCAUGCUAACAUUGACAUGCUAACCGGUAAAAUGUGUCGAGUACCAAGUCAUGUGACCGUGAAGCAUACGCAUGCAAUAUUAUCCUAAAAAACUGAUCACGCUCGUGCUAACAUGUUAGCCUUAGCAUGCUAGCAGUUACCAAAUUGUAAGACUCUUAGUUGCAAAAUUGGUUAAGAAUGUUAGCAUGCUAAUGUUGGCAUGCGAACUGGUAAAAUGUGUCAAGUACCAAGUCAUGUGACCGUGAAGCAUACGCAUGCAAUAUUAGCUAAAGAAAACUGAUCACGCUCGUGCUAACAUGUUAGCGUUAGCAUGCUAACAGUUACCAUGUGUCAGUUACCAAAUUGUAUGACUAUUGGCUGCAAAAUUGGCUAAGAAUGUUAGCAUGCUAACUGGUAAAAUGUGUCAAGUACCAAGUCAUGUGACCGUGAAGCAUACGCAUGCAAUAUUAGCCCAAAAAACGAUCACGCUCGUGCUAACAAGUUAGCGUUAGCAUGCUAGCAGUUACCAAAUUGUAAGACUCUUAGUUGCAAAAUUGGUUACGAAUGUUAGCAUGCUAAUGUUGGCAUGCGAACUGGUAAAAUGUGUCAAGUACUAAGUCAUGUGACCGUGAAGCAUACGCGUGCAAUAUUAGCUAAAGAAAACUGAUCACGCUCGUGCUAACAUGUUAGCGUUAGCAUGCUAACAGUUACCAUGUGUCAGUUACCAAAUUGUAGGACUAUUGGCUGCAAAAUUGGCUAAGAAUGUUAGCAUGCUAACCGGUAAAAUGUGUCAAGUACCAAGUCAUGUGACCGUGAAGCAUACGCAUGCAAUAUUAGCUAAAUAAAAAACCUGAUCACGCUCGUGCUAACAUGUUAGCGUUAGCAUGCUAACGUUGACAUGCUAACCGGUAAAAUGUGUCAAGUACCAAGUCAUGUGACCAUGAAGCAUACGCAUGCAAUAUUAGCCCAAAAAACGAUCACGCUCGUGCUAACAAGUUAGCGUUAGCAUGCUAACAGUUACCAAAUUUUAAGACUCUUAGUUGCAUAAUUGGUUACGAAUGUUAGCAUGCUAAUGUUGGCAUGCGAACUGGUAAAAUGUGUCAAGUACUAAGUCACAUGACCGUGAAGCAUACGCGUGCAAUAUUAGCUAAAGAAAACUGAUCACGCUCGUGCUAACAAGUUAGCGUUAGCAUGCUAACAGUUACCAUGUGUCAGUUACCAAAUUGUAUGACUCUUGGCUGCAAAAUUGGCUAAGAAUGUUAGCAUGCUAACCGGUAAAAUGUGUCAAGUACCAAGUCAUGUGACCGUGCAGCAUACGCAUGCAAUAUUAGCCCAAAAAACGAUCACGCUCGUGCUAACAAGUUAGCGUUAGCAUGCUAGCAGUUACCAAAUUGUAAGACUCUUAGUUGCAUAAUUGGUUACGAAUGUUAGCAUGCUAAUGUUGGCAUGCUAACCGGUAAAAUGUGUCAAGUACCAAGUCAUGUGACCGUGAAGCAUACGCGUGCAAUAUUAGCUAAAGAAAACUGAUCACGCUCGUGCUAACAUGUUAGCGUUAGCGUGCUAACAGUUACCAUGUGUCAGUUACCAAAUUGUACGACUCUUGGCUGCAAAAUUGGCUAAGAAUGUUAGCAUGCUAACUGGUAAAAUGUGUCAAGUACCAAGUCAUGUGACCGUGAAGCAUACGCAUGCAAUAUGAGCUAAAUAAAAAACCUGAUCACGCUCAUGCUAACAUGUUAGCGUUAGCAUGCUAACGUUGACAUGCUAACCGGUAAAAUGUGUCAAGUACCAAGUCAUGUGACCGUGAAGCAUACGCGUGCAAUAUUAGCCCAAGAAACGAUCACGCUCGUGCUAACAAGUUAACGUUAGCAUGCUAGCAGUUACCAAAUUGUAAGACUCUUAGUUGCAUAAUUGGUUAAGAAUGUUAGCAUGCUAAUGUUGGCAUGCGAACUGGUAAAAUGUGUCAAGUGCUAAGUCAUGUGACCGUGAAGCAUACGCGUGCAAUAUUAGCUAAAGAAAACUGAUCACGCUCGUGCUAACAUGUUAGCGUUAGCAUGCUAACAGUUACCAUGUGUCAGUUACCAAAUUGUAUGACUCUUGGCUGCAAAAUUGGCUAAGAAUGUUAGCAUGCUAACCGGUAAAAUGUGUCAAGUACCAAGUCAUGUGACCGUGAAGCAUACGCAUGCAAUAUGAGCUAAAGAAAAAACCUGAUCACGCUCAUGCUAACAUGUUAGCGUUAGCAUGCUAACGUUGACAUGCUAACCGGUAAAAUGUGUCAAGUACCAAGUCAUGUGACCGUGAAGCAUACGCGUGCAAUAUUAGCCCAAAAAACGAUCACGCUCGUGCUAACAAGUUAGCGUUAGCAUGCUAACAGUUACCAAAUUGUAAGACUCUUACUUGCAAAAUUGGUUAAGAAUGUUAGCAUGCUAAUGUUGGCAUGCGAACUGGUAAAAUGUGUCAAGUACCAAGUCAUGUGACCGUGAAGCAUACGCGUGCAAUAUUAUCCUAAAAAACUGAUCACGCUUGUGCUAACAUGUUAGCGUUAGCAUGCUAACAGUUACCAAAUUGUAAGACUCUCAGUUGCAUAAUUGGUUAAGAAUGUUAGCAUGCUAAUGUUGGCAUGCGAACUGGUAAAAUGUGUCAAGUGCUAAGUCAUGUGACCGUGAAGCAUACGCGUGCAAUAUUAGCUAAAGAAAACUGAUCACGCUCGUGCUAACAUGUUAGCGUUAGCAUGCUAACAGUUACCAUGUGUCAGUUACCAAAUUGUAUGACUCUUGGCUGCAAAAUUGGCUAAGAAUGUUAGCAUGCUAACCGGUAAAAUGUGUCAAGUACCAAGUCAUGUGACCGUGAAGCAUACGCGUGCAAUAUUAGCCCAAAAAACGAUCACGCUCGUGCUAACAAGUUAGCGUUAGCAUGCUAGCAGUUACCAAAUUGUAAGACUCUUAGUUGCAAAAUUGGCUAAGAAUGUUAGCAUGCUAAUGUUGGCAUGCGAACUGGUAAAAUGUGUCAAGUACCAAGUCAUGUGACCGUGAAGCAUACGCGUGCAAUAUUAGCUAAAGAAAACUGAUCACGCUCGUGCUAACAUGUUAGCGUUAGCAUGCUAACAGUUACCAUGUGUCAGUUACCAAAUUGUAUGACUCUUGGCUGCAAAAUUGGCUAAGAAUGUUAGCAUGCUAACCGGUAAAAUGUGUCAAGUACCAAGUCAUGUGACCGUGAAGCAUACGCGUGCAAUAUGAGCUAAAUAAAAAACCUGAUCACGCUCAUGCUAACAUGUUAGCAUUAGCAUGCUAACAUUGACAUGCUAACCGGUAAAAUGUGUCGAGUACCAAGUCAUGUGACCGUGAAGCAUACGCAUGCAAUAUUAUCCUAAAAAACUGAUCACGCUUGUGCUAACAUGUUAGCGUUAGCAUGCUAACAGUUACCAAAUUGUAUGACUCCUGGCUGCAAAAUUGGUUAAGAGUGUUAGCAUGCUAACCAGUAAAAUGUGUCAAAUACCAAGUCAUAUGACCGUGAAGCAUACACAUGCAACAUUAUCCCAAAAACUGAUCACGCUCGUGCUAACAUGUUAGCGUUAGCAUGCUAACAGUUACCAAGUUAUGACUCUUAGCAGCAAAAUUGGCUAAAAUAGUUAACACUUGUGGACUACCAAGUCAUAUGACCGUGAAGCAUACACAUGCAAAAUUAGCCAAAAAACUGGUCACACUUAAGCUAUCACGUUAGCCUUGACAUGCUAACAGUUACCAACUUAUGACUCUUGGCUGCAAAAUCGGUUAAAAAAAGUUACCAUUGUUCUCCUUUCCCAACUUUUCACGCUACAAAACAAGUAUCAAAUAAUUCUAGUUGCAUAUUAAGUCUCCAAGGCAGACGCGAAAGUGUCCAGUAACAGACGUGUCCGCAUCAUUCAACUUGAGCGUAACUUCAUGAAUUACUGUGACUAAUGACAAGUUACUAUUAUUUGUAUAUUAUUCAAUAAAUGAUUAAAUUUAUUUCAAUAAAUGAUAGCAUUGAUUUGAUGUGACAAUAACCACUCCACUUCAACUUAAAGACAGCAUAAGUCCAUUCCAUAUGGUUAAUAAUAAAUAGGUGAGUGUUUUUCAUGCUUACCAUUGUUCUCCUUUCCCAACUUUUCACGCUACAAAACAAGUUUUAAAUAGUUCUAGUUGCAUAUUAAGUCUCCAAGGCAGACGCGAAAGUGUCCAGUAACAAACGUGUCCGCAUCAUUCAACUCGAGCGUAACUUCAUGAGUUACUGUGACUAAUUACAAGUUACCAUUACUUAUAUAUUAUUCAAUAAGUUGUAUUAUUUAUUUGAUGUGCCAAUUACCACCCCACUUCAACUUAAAGACAGCAUAAGUCCAUUCCAUGUGGUUAAUAAUAAAUAGGGGAGUGUUUUUCAUGCUUACCAUUGUUCUCCUUUCCCAACUUUUCACACUAAAAAAAAACAGGUAUCAAAUAAUCAUGGUUGCAUAUUAAGUCUCCAAGGUAGACGCGAAAGUGUCCAGUAACAAACGUGUCCGCAUCAUCCAACUCGAGCGUAACUUCAUGAGUUACCGUGACUAAUUACAAGUUACCAUUACUUAUAUAUUGUUCAAUAAGUUGUAUUAUUUAUUUGAUGUGACAAUUACCACCCCACUUCAACUUAAAGACAGCAUAAGUCCAUUCCAUGUGGUUAAUAAUAAAUAGGGGAGUGUUUUUCAUGCUUACCAUUGUUCUCCUUUCCCAACUUUUCACACUAAAAAAAAACAGGUAUCAAAUAAUCAUGGUUGCAUAUUAAGUCUCCAAGGCAGACGCGAAAGUGUCCAGUAACAAACGUGUCCGCAUCAUUCAACUCGAGCGUAACUUCAUGAGUUACUGUGACUAAUUACAAGUUACUAUUAUUUAUAUAUUAUUCAAUAAGUUGCAUUAUUUAUUUGAUGUGACAAUUACCACCCCACUUCAACUUAAAGACAGCAUAAGUCCAUUCCAUGUGGUUAAUAAUAAAUAGGGGAGUGUUUUUCAUGCUUACCAUUGUUCUCCUUUCCCAACUUUUCACACUAAAAAAAAACAGGUAUCAAAUAAUCAUGGUUGCAUAUUAAGUCUCCAAGGCAGACGCGAAAGUGUCCAGUAACAAACGUGUCCGCAUCAUUCAACUCGAGCGUAGCUUCAUGAGUUACUGUGACUAAUUACAAGUUACCAUUACUUAUAUAUUAUUCAAUAAGUUGCAUUAUUUAUUUGAUGUGACAAUUACCACCCCACGUCAACUUAAAGACAGCAUAAGUCCAUUCCAUGUGGUUAAUAAUAAAUAGGGGAGUGUUUUUCAUGCUUACCAUUGUUCUCCUUUCCCAACUUUUCACGCUACAAAACAAGUUUUAAAUAGUUCUAGUUGCAUAUUAAGUCUCCAAGGCAGACGCGAAAGUGUCCAGUAACAAACGUGUCCGCAUCAUCCAACUCGAGCGUAACUUCAUGAGUUACUGUGACUAAUUACAAGUUACCAUUACUUAUAUAUUGUUCAAUAAGUUGCAUUAUUUAUUUGAUGUGACAAUUACCACUCCACUUCAACUUAAAGACAGCAUAAGUCCAUUCCAUGUGGUUAAUAAUCAAUAGGGGAGUGUUUUUCAUGCUUACCAUUGUUCUCCUUUCCCAACUUUUCACACUAAAAAAAAACAGGUAUCCAAUAAUCAUGGUUGCAUAUUAAGUCUCCAAGGCAGACGCGAAAGUGUCCAGUAACAAACGUGUCCGCAUCAUCCAACUCGAGCGUAACUUCAUGAGUUAUCGUGACAAGUGUCUAUUAUUCACACAUCACUCAAUAAAUCCCCACUUUUCACGCUACAAAACGGUACGAGUGCGUCUGUACGAUCCCUGCUGAUAUCGCAUCAAUGUCAAUAUCGCACACGCCUACCUGAGAUACUUUGGCGAGCGCUCGUGCACGUGCACGUGCAGCCUGACUCGACGACAUGUUGUCAGCGGCUGACUCACUUUGACUUCCAAAUGGAAACAUUAGUAAUAUUCCACGGUGACUCCAUGGUCUGCUCUACCGCGUGUCCAUCCAUAACGUGUCAACACUUGUAAGGUGUGACGCACGGUCACAUUAAAGCACAUCAACACCCGGAUCUUUUUUUAAUAAACAAACUGAGUAGAAGUACCCCUUUACUUCACUUGAAAUACAAAUACACACAUUAACAUCCGUACUAUUACAAUACAUGUAACUUGUGUAUAAAUAGUAGAAAUAAGAAUACACAUAUUUACUUUAUUAUACAUAGUAUAAAUAUACAUACACAAUAACAUGAGUAUAAAUACUAUCAAUGGAAGUACACACAUUCAAACGUCAGUAUAAAUACACUUAUUAGCUUGAGUAUAAAUAGUAUACAUAGAAGUACACAUAUUAACUUCAGUGUAAAUACAAACAUGAACUUCAGUAUCAAUAGAAGUACA